CACCUGGUCCUCUAUAGACAGUUGCCUCAGCAGUAGAUUUCAGAAGGGAUUGGAGGAAAACAAGAGGGGGAGAGAAUGUGACAACUGCCGGCUCUGGCUGCUGCCUUGGGGAGGCCUCCCGCACCUGUCCCUGCCUGUCUCUUGGCCAACACUGUUGUUGAAUCAGACAAGCAGAGAAACAUUCUUAUUUGCCAGAGCAGAACGGCGUGCAGAAGCAAGAACAUGACUUCUUCAUUCAAGCUGGAUUUUCUUCCUGAUAUGAUGGUCGAUAGCCGUUUGCUAGUUUCUGACAGAAUAUCCCAAAGAACAUCACAAGCGUUUGUUAAUACAGACCCCACAUUUUAUGAAGCAUUAUUUUCUAUCGCCGAAAGUUCAUCCAACAUUAAAAGCAGUAACGGUACAACCAACAAGAUGAAUGGAGCUUUGGAUCACUCAGACCAGCCAGACCCAGAUGCCAUUAAGAUGUUUGUUGGACAGAUCCCACGUUCAUGGUCAGAAAAAGAACUCAAAGACCUUUUUGAGCCUUACGGAGCCGUCUAUCAGAUUAAUGUCCUACGAGACAGAAGUCAAAAUCCACCCCAAAGCAAAGGUUGUUGUUUCGUAACGUUUUAUACAAGAAAAGCAGCACUGGAAGCACAGAACGCAUUGCACAAUAUUAAAACUUUACCUGGGAUGCAUCAUCCUAUUCAGAUGAAACCUGCAGAUAGUGAAAAGUCAAACGGGGGCGCAAUUUAUUUGACUUCCUGUCUUGGAGAUGCCGAAGGAGCUGUGGAAGACAGAAAAUUGUUCAUCGGCAUGGUUUCGAAGAAGUGUAACGAGAACGAUAUCAGGGUGAUGUUUUCUCCAUUUGGUCAAAUAGAAGAAUGCAGAAUCCUACGGGGACCUGACGGACUGAGUCGAGCAAGUCAGCACUGCUGUGCGUUUGUUACAUUUUCUACAAGGGCAAUGGCACAGAAUGCAAUCAAAGCCAUGCACCAGUCUCAGACCAUGGAGGGGUGUUCUUCACCGAUAGUGGUGAAGUUUGCCGAUACACAGAAAGACAAAGAACAAAGACGUCUACAGCAACAGUUAGCACAACAAAUGCAACAGCUUAAUACUGCCACAUGGGGUAACCUUACUGGACUUGGAGGACUUACGCCACAGUAUUUAGCACUCCUGCAACAAGCCACCUCCUCCAGUAACCUGGGCGCAUUUAGCGGCAUUCAGCAAAUGGCUGGUCAAGCCACUGACAACACUCUGAUCUAUGUGCCAGAAGAUUUCCCACAGAUUCCGAUAGGCAUGAAUGCUUUGCAAUUACAGAAUUUGGCUACUUUAGCAGCUGCAGCAGCCGCAGCCCAAACCUCAGCUACCACCACCAAUGCAAACCCUCUUUCCACAACGACUAGCGCACUGGGAGCGCUAACAAGCCCGGGUUACAGCAAUGUCCAGAAUUUCCUGCCUGCCUGCUCCAGUAAUGGACACAUGCAACAUUAUACACAUUCCACAAGCAUGAAGCCAAUGAUACCCUAUACAAUGGCUGGAUCAACUAAUUCAUCUGCUGGAGCUGCCAUGAAUUCUUUGACCUCUCUCGGCACUCUACAGGGAUUGGCUGGAGCCACAGUGGGAUUGAAUAAUAUUAAUGCACUAGCAGGUACCGUAAACAUUGCUCAAAUGCUCUCAGGUAUGGCUGCUUUGAAUGGAGGACUCGGCGCAACAGGCUUGACGAACGGCACAGCCGGUACAAUGGAUGCCCUCACCCAGGCUUACUCAGGAAUUCAGCAGUAUGCUGCCGCGGCACUGCCAACACUUUACAGUCAAAGUUUGCUACAGCAGCAGAGUGCUGCAGGCAGUCAGAAGGAAGGUCCAGAAGGUGCAAAUCUCUUCAUUUACCAUCUACCACAAGAGUUUGGUGACCAGGACAUUCUUCAGAUGUUUAUGCCAUUUGGAAAUGUUAUCUCUGCUAAAGUCUUCAUUGACAAACAGACCAAUCUAAGCAAGUGCUUUGGUUUUGUUAGCUAUGACAAUCCUGUUUCCGCCCAGGCUGCUAUUCAGGCUAUGAACGGCUUUCAGAUCGGCAUGAAACGCUUGAAAGUUCAGCUGAAACGCUCCAAAAAUGACAGCAAACCUUACUGAUCUUAACCCCAGAAGCUUUCUGCUAUUAUUUUAGCUUUCUUAGGAACAUCUCCAUGCCUGUUAGUUCACCGUUUGCCUAGCAUGUCCCUGUGGCGUCUAUUUAAAAAAAAAGUUUCAUCGUCCCGUCAUUGUUUCUGAUGUCUUUCUGACCUCACAUCAUAUUUGAUUCUCCAAAUGACUUAGUUUGACUUCUGAAAUUUGCAUGUGAUCUCAUCUAGCUAAGAAUUCUGGAAAACAAAAAAGUCAAUGUGAAAAACAUUGCAGCAUUCACGCAAGACUGAAAUUUACUAUAAGAAAAAUUAUAGAAAAAAAAAGACAAAAAACCUGUGGCAAAAAAAUUUUUUUUUUUCUUUUUUUCGUUUCAUAACAUAAACAGACUUGAAAGUAUUAUACAGGGAUUAGCAUUCUGUCUGGUCACUGUUUCCUAAAGCAAUAUGUGUCCAGGAAUUCAGAAUGUUGGUUUCUAAAUGAAGCAGACAACUUCCAAAACAGUUUGAGAAAAACUGUCUGAUUUUAAGUCUCUAGAGCUCUGUAAUAGUUUUUACAUUUUUUCAGGCAGUGUAAAGUUUUUUGAUAAGGCCAUUUUAGGUGGCUCACUUUCUCAUUAAAUUAUAUAUAUAGAACCACUUUUUUGUAGAUUAGUAUAAGAAAAUAUUUACCCUGUUUUGGGGCAAAUGCUACCUAGUUCUGUCACCUUUUGCUGAACUGACUCACAGUUAGACAAUCCAUGGUUUAAUGCACAUGAAAUUACCUAUAUUUUAUACUGUUUAAAUGUACAGAAAAGAAGGUAAAUGUAUACUGUGUCAUGUUGGUGCUUCUAUGAAUUUAGUUGUGGCUUCAUUAAGUCUUAAAAGUCUUCAGUGUUCUAUGUUUAAUAAGUUUAACAAAAUUGGUUUACUUGAACUAAAAUAAUUUUCAGAUAUUAAAAAGUCUGUUUGCUAUAAUUUCAUGUGAAACAAAAACUAUUCCAGAAAAAUAAGUUUUGUGUUGGCUUGUAAAGCAUUGAUGUUCUUAUUUUUUAUUGUGGGGAAACUUAGAUGUGUUUGUGUUCAGCAAAAUGUGACCUGUUUUUUUUCUUUGAAAGAAAAAAAAUCAGUGAAAAUACAGUGCCAAAUUCCAAAGGUACUUCCUGCCUAAAGCUUCAGUGUAUUUCGUGUACGAAGUAAUUUGAUAACAUGGGUAUUUUAUUAUGUGUUUUGUAUAAAUCCCUUCUAUUUAAAAAAGAGAGAUUACGAAAUUUGUUAACUUGCUAUCCUGUGGUCUUGUUGCUUGAAAUGGUUAUUGUUUGUUAUAUCUCUUUGAUGUUUUUUGGUAAUACAUUGUAUACAGUAAGUGCCCAUGUUCCACUUUUUUAACCACUCUGCACAUCGAAUCUGUGAAAGCAAACCUCACAAGUCACAACUGUACUUUCUUCAUGGUCUGUGGAAGUCUUUAUGGUGAUGAAUGGUUGAACUACUAUUCCUUUUAAGCAUACUGUCCUAAAGAAUCAGGGUAUAAAAAGAACACACAAGCACACCGAAUCCAUGGUUUAUAGAGCAUACCCAUAAUUUAUUGUAGAACAUACAAAACGCCCACUUUUUAAGGUAUGAUUAAGUUAAAUAUAAAGAGCAUUGACUGCUCAUACUACAGAAUCAUUCAUGUAGUAUCAUGAAGUGCCAUAUUUGUAGCUAAUAAUCUCCACCUUCUAUAUGUCAUCAAAGUUUUUUUGUUUUUUUUUACCAGAAUCUAUUUUCUUCUUUCAUUGUUCAGAAUAAACCCAUUAUUACUGGUCCAAUUCUUAAUGUUAAUUUAGGGUGGCCUCUUUGUACUGCCAUUGCUCUUCUUUAAGUGAAUAUAAUAGCAUUUGAUUAAUAAUGCAGUGCCUGAUCUUUAAACCACAGCAAAUGCUAUUUUCCAGCUACUAACAUACACUAGUACAAUCCCCUAAGUACCAAGAUAUGUGUUAAAGUCAAAAUGAUUUUCUAUAGGUUCUUGUAAGUGUUUACUACUUUAAUCCUGGGUCCUACCAGAUUUACAUGAGGGCUAUUUUUGUAUAAGAAAAAACGAAUAUUACUAAAUUAUAUCUAUAUGUCAUUCUUGGAAUAUAUGUAUAGAGAUAUAUGAUAGAAAAAACAUAUUUUUGUUACUUAGAUUAACUCAUAUUUGGCUGCAUUUCAAAAUAUCUCAUAGAUUAAUACAUAAAAUGAUUGAACACCAGCUUGGAUGCUGAUAAGUAUUAUUAUGGAGCUUUGAUUGCUAGAUAUGUGAAAUUAUUUUCAAAAACUCAUUUAGUAAUACUGUAAGAGAACCUGUUUUCAUGUUCUAGACUGUCAUUUAUUUUUCUUUGUUCAUCGCAUAACCACCCUUUACAUUCAGGGAACUGGUCCUAUCAACAAGCAAGAAGUUGUAACUGUAUAAUGACUUAGAAACAACUGAAUGCUCAAGGGACAUACUGAAUGUCCUGCUGUAUAAAAAGUUCAUAUCCAGCACUGACACAGUUAAUAGGUACGCACUGAAGAGACGUUGCUUAAAGGAUUAAUAUGUUCAACUUUUCUUUCACUUCAAGAUUCUAGUUUUUUUUGGCUUAUGUAACUGAAGUCAUUUUAACUGUUAUGUUUUAUUAUCUCAAGUGCUAAAUACGAAUAAGAAAAAAAACUUGUAGUUUCAUAACAUUUUAGAAUUACAUCAUACAAAGAAAUGUAUUUGUGUUUAUUUUUUGUGCUGUGAGAAUUGUUGUUUGUAGAUUAAAUAAUAACUCAUUUUGUUUCUAAUUACAAAUAGUUUUUGAGUAUUGUCUGAGAAAAGCCAAAGUUACUGAAAUUUUAGUGGAAAAUGUAAGAUCAUUUAAGUAUUGUUUAUGUUUUAUUGAUGCAUUUUGGUUCUGUUGUGUGAUGGAAUUUGAGCCAAAAAAACAACAAAAAAAUGGCUUUCCUAUUUCUACUAACUGAUUGUACUUAUGCAUUUUGUACCAGUGCAACAUUUUAUACUGGAGAUUAAAAAUACAAAAGGAAAAGUUGUGGCUUACUCUUGAGGGCCCGAAACAUGACUGAUUUUAUGUUUGUUUUUUGACUGGCAAAAAAAAAAAAGAAUGGUUUUGUUUUCAACACUUAAAAAAAAAAAACUUUGGCUUGCUUUUUUAUUUGCUUAUAUCUAACGUUAACAAAUAUGUCUAAAAUGAAAGCGGUAAGUUUCACUUUUUAUUAUGUAUUGUGCAGUUACACACUAAGGUAAUUAGCGCUAGAUGUACACAGUCACUUUAAGUGGAUAAAUGUAUUAGUAAUAAUUAAAACUAAAAAAUAGGGGUUUGCUUUUUUGCUGUUUAGAUCAAACUUUUUCUGACUCUUCUGUCCUCAUUGUGAACAUUACUGUGUAGUUGAAACAGUCAAACUUAUUUUUGUAAUGUAUGUUAUUGUGUGAUGCAGUUUUUUGCUUCUGUCUCCAAUAUUAAACCAUUUUCCUAAUA